AUGGGCAAACGCACCACCGACGAAAAGCGCGACCGCGCCGUGGAGGGAGAAGACAUCGAGCUCGACCUGGCCGCCUCGCCCGCUGGGCAGCCUGCGGAGAGAGAGCGGAAGCGGAAGAUCAAGGAGGGUGAGACGCGUGCCGACGCGAAGGAAGAAGAAGAACUCGAGUUCGAGGAUCCCUACGGCGACGAGUUUGAUGAAGAGGAAGCUCUCGCGGCUGAGAUGAACGACGCCGCAACAUCGGAGAGCGACGAGGAAGAAGAAGACAACGACGGAGAAAAGGAAAAGGAUGAGCUGGAAGUCGUCACGCGCGCUUGGCGACCAGGCGUCGACAGCCUCGCAGAAGAUGAAGAGCUCGACUUUGAUCCUUCCGCCUACGAGAUGCUGCAUCGCGCCACCAUGGAGUGGUCCUGUCUGUCCUUCGACAUCAUCCGCGAUCCGCAUGCAGCGCUGCGCACAAAGCCGCCGUACACCGCGUACGUAGUAGGCGGGACACAGGCAGAGACGGCCAGCGGCAACCGGCUGUUCAUCAUGAAGUGGAGCGACUUGCAUAAGACGAACAAAGACGCCAAAGACAGCGACAACGACGACAGCGACGACGAAAGCGAUGAUGAGGGGUCAGACGAGGACCCCAAGCUGGACUUCCGCAUCAUCGCGCAUAGAGGCACGGUCAACCGCGUCAGGUGCUGCCCUCAGAUGAACCGCCUCGUGGCGACCUGGUCAGACCUGGGCGAAGUGAACGUGUGGGACAUUGACAAGCAGAUUAAGCGUCUCGACGACCCCGGCGCUGCGGGCCCCCCGCCGACGCCGCACCAGCCUCCAAAGUUCACGUACAAGGGCAGCGGCGUCGAGGGAUACGCGGUCGACUGGAACCCUGUGCACACUGGCAAGCUGUUGACAGGCGACGUCGAGGGCAGCGUGUGUCUGUGGGAGCCGCAGGAGGGCGGCUGGGGUGUCUCGCGAAUCAUCAAUCCGGCGAACAAGAAGAGCAAGAAAAUGCCGGCUGCGCGGUUUGCCGGCGUGUCUGACGGCGCGACCGUGGAGGAAACUCAGUGGAAAAUUGGAGGGAGUGGCGCCGGUGACGUCUUCGCGACAGCUUCCAACGACGGAGGAAUUCGCAUGUACGACACUCGCAGCAGCGCCUCCGCGCCUUCGCUGGCGCUCGUGCAUGCCCACAACAGCGACGUCAACGCCCUCCGGUGGUCGCCAGUGCACCACGACCUCCUCCUUUCCGGAGACGAAGAUGGCUGCGUCAAGGUCUGGGACGAGCGCUACGGCGAGGUGCCUCUCGUCGUCAUGCACUGGCACAAGAAGCCGAUCACCUCUGUGGACUGGCACCCCACCGACGAGGCGACGUUUGCGACGUCCGCUCUCGACGACAGCGUGGCGCUGUGGGACAUGUCGGUUGAAGUCGACGAAGACGCGGUGGAGCGCGAGAGGGCCUCCACAGGCGCCGCGAAGAACGACAAAGAAGACGAGAACACGAUGCCCGAGCAGCUCAUGUUCCUUCACUUGGGACAGGAGCACAUCUCUGAAAUCAAAUUCCAUCCGCAGAUCCACGGCGUUGUGAUUUCGACCGCAUGCGACGGCUUCAACUUCUUCAAAACGUGCAACAUCUGA